AUGGCCGAAUCCGAAUCCGACUCGAGGGAUCGUCACAGGGACCGGGACAGCCACAGGGAUCGUCACAGGGACCGGGACAGCCACAGGGAUCGUCACAGGGACCGAGAGGACAGGGACCGUUCGCACAAGCACCACUCGACCUCGUCCACCCGACGACGAUCCGCUUCCCCCUCUUCACACGACCGUGACCGGGAGCGUGACUCGCAUCGACACUCUUCGUCGAGCAAACGGAGCAAGCAUGAGGCGGAGCACGAUAGGCAUAGGUCGUCGUCGCAUCGAGACCGGGACAGGGACAGGGACGGUCGAGGGGAUCGGGAUGGAGACGAUGACCGCGAUCGAGGGAGGCAUCACCAGAACAGGUCGGUCACACGCAUCGUACGACGACUAGGUCUUCGACCAUCUAACAGCUUUCUUGUCGUCUCACAGCUCCUCCACCCCACGCGAAAGCUCGGCCGAACGCGCGGCGAGGAAAGCCGAACGCAAGGCCCGGAAGGCCGCCUUGGAACAGGACGCCCGCCAACUCGUCGCCGAGACCUCCUUCUACUCGGCGAGCGACAACCCGUUCCACGACGCAAACUUGGGCGACAAGUUCGUCUGGGGCAAGAAGAAGGAGAAGGAGAAGAAGAUGGGUAUGACCCCCGAGGAGGCGAUGAAGAGGGAUCGCGAGAGGGCCAUAGAGUCCAAGGUGAGCCUGCUCUCAGCUUUGCAAUUUUCCCUCGUUCGAGGGCCGAGCGCUGACACUGGCACACACACUAGCUCGAAAUCGAACGCCUGAACCAACGUCGAGCCGAACGCGAGCAAGAGAUGCUCCUGCGCGAAGAGGAACAGAUGCGAGCCGCGCGCAUGGCCGAGUCCGCGCAAAUGUCCGCCUGGAUCGACCGCGAGGACGACUUUCACCUCGAGCAGGCCAAAAAACGAGCCGAGAUUCGCGUGCGCGAACGUCGUGCUAAGCCCAUUGAUUUCCUGGCGCUGAACCUCAAGUGGAGUCAACCGCCUCUGCAGGAGGGUGACGAAGGCUUCGAGGAGCAGGAGGAGGACGAGGGUGAAGGCUUGGACGUCGACCUCGAAGAGCCCUACACCAUCUUUGAUGUGCGUUUCGCCGUUUAUCCGAGUACGAUUCUUAGCGCUGAAUCCUGACCUUCCUGCCUUCCCGACAGAAUUUGAUCCUCGAAGACGCCAAAGAAUUGCACGAGGACAUCAAGAUGUACCUCUCGCUCGAAAAGAGCGAACAAAACCUCGAGUUUUGGCGCUCGCUGCUCAUUGUCUCGUCAUCCUCACUCGAAGCACUCAACGAAGAGCGAGCAAUCGGUGCGACCGCCUACGCCAAGCAGACUCAGGCCAACGCUUCGGUCAAGGGCGAGAUCACGCGCCUCCUCUCGGGCAAGUCGCUGGACCAACUCGUGACGCUGCAGAACCAGGUCCAGUCCAAGCUCUCGAGUGGCGAACCCGUCGACGUUGAAUAUUGGGAAGGUCUGUUGAAGGAAUUGGUCGUGUGGAAGGCCAAGGCCAAGUUGCGCGACAUGCACGAAGUCGUCCUGGCGAAUCGACUCGAACAACUGCGCAAGAAGCAACGUGACGAAGCGGCGCGUCAAGCCGAGGAGGUCAAGAAGGCCCUUGCGUCGGGUCUCAACCCUGAUGACGAGGAUGAAGAUCAGGAUAUGGAGGAUGAGGAUGAUCAGGCGAUGCACCUUUCCCGACCUGCGGGUCCGGAACCAUGGAGCGAAGAUCUCGAACCCAUUCAAUUCGAUACCGUACCAAGCGAACUACGUUCCUGCGCCGUCGUCGAUGCCGCGGAAGAACGAGCCGCUUUACAAGCCGCACGACUCAAGGUCGUCCAAACGCGUUUCGUCACCAAAACGCGUGCACCGAACGAAGUCGGUGGGGUUCAACAAUCGGCGCAAGAGGCGGCGAUUUACCAAGCUGCGAUUGGGCAGGGCUUUGGCGAUGAGGAGGAGUUGUUCACGGGUGAGAUUGAGAUGAACAAACAGGCGUAUUCAUGGGAAGACAAGUACCGGCCGCGCAAACCGAGGUACUUCAACAAGGUUAUGGCUGGGUACGAGUGGAAUCGGUACAAUCAGGCCCAUUACGAGUGAGUUCUGACCGCGUGGCCUUGUAAAGUCGUAGGAGGAUGGGUGUACUGAUACUCUCCUUCUGUUGGAAACGCCCAGCUCGGACAACCCGCCACCCAAAGUCGUCAUCGGGUACAAGUUCCACAUCAUCUACUCUGACCUGGUCGACAAGACCAAAACACCGCAAUGGCGCAUCAUCAAGGACAAGGACAACCCCGAGAUGGCGACGAUCUUGUUUUCCGCUGGUCCACCGUAUGAGGAUCUGGCGUUUAGGAUUGUGAAUAAGAAGAUGGAGCAUUCGAGUAAGAGGGGGUUCAGGAGUUCGUUCGAUCGGUGAGUCGGGCUUGUGGAAUUUCGGUUGGAGGUUGAAACGAGGGAGGGGAAGACUGACCAUGGAUCUGUAUGCUCUCGCAGUGGUGUGCUGCAGCUUCAUUUCACGUUCAGGAGGAAUUUCUACCGCAAGUAA